CAUCUUUUAGCAAAAUCUCAUUGACAAUCUUUAAUUGACAACACAAAAACAAAUAAUUUACCCCUUUAAUGAAUAACAUUUAUCAUUUAAAUGAUAAGUGAAGAUUAUUGUUUCCCGUUUUAAAUAAAUGUAUGCUUAUCAAGAUAAUAUUACCAUUAUUAGUGAGUGUACAGUGACAUCGUUUAACAUAGACAGGAUGUGAAGCUUGAAUUUUAUUUGUGGACGUAGUUUCUACCCCCUUUAAUAAUUUGUUCAAUAGUAGCUGUUAUUAACUUCCAGCAUGCCAGUUUAGUUAAUAGACAACACUCAUCGACUCAAUUAAAAUGUUGGUUCCUGGAAUAAGGAUUGUUAGGGGGCCUGACUGGUCAUGGUCAGAUCAAGACGGUGGUGAAGGCCAUGUUGGCACUGUUUGUGAAAUUGGAAAACCAGGAACAAUGGGUUCACCUGACAAGACGGUUGUUAUACAAUGGGACAAUGGAACACGCACAAAUUACAGAAUUGGCUAUUUGGGAAAGUAUGAUUUGAGAGUGAUUGAUAAUGCACAAAUUGGUGUUAAACACCAAAAUAUUGUAUGUGAUGGGUGUAAGAAUCAAGGAAUAGCAGGUAUGCGUUAUAAAUGCAGUGUUUGCUAUGAUUAUGACUUGUGUUAUAUGUGUUAUCAUGGAGGUAAACAUGAUCUAACCCAUGUUUUUAAAAGAUAUGACUCCACAACCUCAUUAGGAACUGAUUUGCCCCCUAGAAAGAAUGGAAGAAGAUGUGAGUUGAAAGGUAUAUUUGCGGAUGCAAUUGUGGCAAGAGGUUUUAACUGGGAAUGGGGAGAUCAAGAUGGGGGAGAAGGAAAAAUGGGCAAAGUAUUGGAUAUAAGGGGUUGGGAUAAUGAAAGUAGUAGAUCUGUAGCUAAUGUAACAUGGUUUUCUGGCUCAACAAACGUUUACAGGCUUGGCCAUAAAGGAAAUUGUGAUAUCAAAUUUAUUGAAUCUUCCUCAGGAGGUUUCUAUUACCCUGAGCAUCUUCCAAUUUUAGGGCAAAACAUUGAACAAAACGUAGCAAGACCUCCCCUAACAGGUCCUCCACCUUUUACAGUUGGGGACAAAGUUAAAGUAAACGUUGAUGUAAACCAAUUAAAAAUUAUGCAACAGGGGCAUGGAGGCUGGAACCCUAGAAUGACUGAAUACGUUGGUAAAACAGGAACAGUUCACCGGGUUACUGACAAGGGAGACAUAAGAGUACAGUAUGAGGGUUGUAAUAAUCGAUGGACCUUUAAUCCGGCAGCACUUUGCAAAGUCAACAGCUUUGCAGUUGGGGACAUCGUUAGCGUUUUAAAUGAUGUGGAAAAAGUUAAGGAAUUACAAAAAGGUCAUGGAGAGUGGAUUGAUAUAAUGAAAAAUGCUCUUGGUAAACUUGGAAAAGUUGUUAAAGUUUAUUCUGAUGGCGAUCUUAGAGUUCAACUUGACGGUAAUGCAUGGACAUUGAACCCUAAUUGCGUUCGUUUAGUACCUGGCAGCGCUACAGAAUUGGCAAAUACCAUGAACGCCAAUCAGAAUCACAGGAGAGAACCGUCAAUGCAAUGGUACAACCCUGAUAUAGCCAAUAAUCAAGCCAAUAGUACCGCCGAUCAACUAGUUCGAGCCUCCGCCCAGGGCCAUUUGGAAAUAGUACAAAAAUUGCUCAAAGAGAUUCCGAAAACGAUGGUAGACAUGCGAAGCGGGGGCAAGACUUCUCUACAAGUUGCUUCACAUCAAGGUCACAUUCCUGUAGUUCAAUUACUUCUGCACGCCGGGUCCGCUGUUAACGCCUGCGAUGGAGAUGGAGACACCUGUCUUCAUUAUGCUGCUUUUGGCAAUCAACCAGAAGUGCUGGACUUGUUAAUAAAAGCCGGAGCUGAAUUGAACAUUGCAAACCGUUGUGGCUGCACAGCGUUACAUAUAGCAGCCCAUAAGCAGCCUGCACGUUGCGUACAAGUUUUGCUAGCAGCUGGGGCAGAUCCUAACUGCAGAGAUUUAUACGGAGACACGGCAUUACACGAUGCAAUCGGUAAAGAUAGUUUCCAAGUCAUUGAAUUACUUGCAUCUACACCAGCAACUGACUUUACUCUUCGAAACAAUCGGGGCUUUAAUGUAAUCCAUCAAGCUGCUCUCAAGGGCAAGAAAUUCGCAAUGAAGCGUUUACUUGCUCAGGCACGUCAAUUAGUUGACAUAAAAAAGGACGACGGUUUUUCUGCUCUUCAUCUGGCGGCCCUUAACGGGCACAAGGAUGUUGUCGAAAUUCUAGUCAGGAUAGGACAAGCAGACAUAGACUUAAGAAAUAACAGGAACCAAUCGGCCCUUCUGUUGGCUGUUAGUCAAGGUCACUGCGGGGUUAUCGAACUCUUAGUUAAACUAAAAGCGAACAUAAAUGCAAAAGAUGAAGAUGGAGACUCUGCUCUUCAUUUGGUAGUUAUUAAAAGAGCACACAUUAAUACUGAAGUAUCAGAAGAAGACUGUCCUGCAAUUUAUGAGAUUUAUCAAAGUUUGAUGGAUGUCGCGGAAUACAAAACAGCCUUAGCCAUAGGCUGCUAUUUGAUUCAGGAAGGCAUCGACAUGAAUGCGGUAAAUGCGAAGGGACAGUCUGCUCUCAGUCUUUUGCCUGAGGCGGAUUUACAAGAAAAAUUAAAGAGUUACAAACCGAACGUCGACAGUAAUCAACAAGCACAACAACAACAACAGCAGCAGCAGGAAACAUUAAAUAUGGAUAGUUUGAGUUUGAAUGGCCUGACCAAUCCUAUGGAGGGAUAUAAUUUGACUGAACACACACCCAAGGGAAGUCCCGCAAAAACCGAUACGACUAAGGCGACAGGACACAGAAGCAGGAAAGAGAGCAGGGUCGAAAUACUCGACGAUGGAGCAAACACCUCUCUAAAUACAUCUCCAUUACAUAAAGGACAUCAGUAUCAGAAUGAAAUAAGUCUCAGUAAACCUGUAGAGUGUUUGGUAUGUUCCGAAUUAUCGGAAGAAAACGUCAGAUUGGAACCGUGUCAACACAAGCCAGCAUGCGAAGACUGCGCUUCUAGAAUGAAGAAAUGUUUACAAUGUGGUUUAAUGGUUCAAAAGCGCGUCACAAAAGAUGGAAGGGUAAUCCCGGCGAAAAGUAGACAGCCAAGUGCGGAAAGAAUGCGAUAUUUGGAAUGCAAGAUAGCAGAAAUUGAAGAAAGCCAUGCAUGUAGCAUUUGUAUGGAGCGGAAGAGGAACAUCGUGUUCCUUUGUGGACAUGGAACUUGCUCCAAGUGCGCAGAUACGUUAAAGACUUGUCAUAUGUGUCGUAAAACUAUUACCAAAAAAAUUCCUAUUUAUUAAUUUAAUUUAAAACAAAAUAAAGGUUUUCAAUAUCGAAAA